AUUCCACUUAAUAGGAUACCAUGUUAAUUUUUCGUUAGAACAUUAGAGUGUGGGAGUUGUUAAAUAUUGUGGAAUUUUCUCUUCUGAUUUGAAUAGGAGCGUUAUGUACUGCCCUCAUUGCAGGAGACAAGACGACGAUCUCAGUGAUAGUUGUGAUUCUGACGAAGAUAAACGAUCUAGUUGCUUACGUCAUCAGUGUUCCCAAUCGAACGAGAGUAAGACAAAGCCCUGUUUGGUUCAGAGAUCCUCUUUCGAUAACGACAGUCAUGAAUUAGUGCCUGCCUUGAAAACGGAGAAAAAAUCUAAAAGUAUGGAAACUAGCAACAACAGUGAUGAGACCUGCCGUGUAACAGCAGCUGUAAAUAAAGGAGGCGCCCGAGGAGUUACGAUUGUCAUGUCAAAUACCCAUUUUUACAUAGAUUUAGACGACAUAAAUCGCUAUCCUGAUACAAUGCUAGCCAAAAUGUUUGGUACGGGACUGGAACAUAAUAUGACGCGACCAAAUGAACGGGGAGAGUUUGAUAUAGGUUCUGAUUUUUCAGCUGCAGCCUGUCGAGCUGUCCUAUCAUUUUAUAAAACGGCAAAAAUACAAAUUCCUCCCGGUGUAAACGUUCAUGAUGUCAGAGACGCUGCUGACUUUUUAUUAAUUCCAUUUAAUAUUGAAACAGUUAAGAGUCAUAAUUUAAGGGAUCUUCUCCACGAGUUGUCUAAUGAUGGAGCCAGAAAGCAAUUUGAGCAGUUUGUCGAUGACGAAUUGCUUCCGCAAAUGGUUUUAAGUGCCGAUCGAGGAGACAGAGAAUGCCACUUAGUUAUUCUAACCGGCGAAGAAAUAAUUGAUUGGGAUGAUGAAUAUCCCCCGCAAAUGGGUGAGGAGUAUACCCAAGUGAUAAAAUCAGCCUCAAUGUAUAGAUUUUUCAAAUAUGUCGAGAAUCGCGAUGUCGCAAAGAGCGUUUUGAAAGAUAGAAGAUUAAAGAAAGUUCGACUAGGAAUCGAAGGAUAUCCAACUUAUAAAGAAAAGAUAAAAAGAAGACCCGAUGGUAGAUUUGAAGUUAUUUAUAACUAUGCACAGCGCCCUUUCAUACAUAUGUCGUGGGAAAAGGAAGAAGCUCGUUCUCGACAUGUCGACUUUCAGUGUGUUAAGUCUAAAUCAAUCACGAAUCUUGCUGACGCAGUUGCUGAGCCUGACAUAGCUGCUAAUGACGUUGUUCCUCCACAACCAUCAGAACCAUAUCCAGGUAGUUUGUUACUUCAAGACGGUGCCGACAAUGUUCAAGAGCCGGAAGGUGAACAAAAUGCAUGA